AAGCUCUUUAGCAUUCAUGGUUGGGUUCUAUGUGCUCUGGAUCAUCUACACUGUGGUUCGGUACUAUGUGCUCUGGCCGCGCUAUCGGGUCGCCCGUCAUGUGCAGUGGCGCCAGUUGCCGCCAGAGAAGCGGCGCGAGGCCAUGAAGGAGACGCGAUGGUACAUGCGAACUCAGAUUCCUCUGUGCGUCCGGAACGCGUCGGCGUCAGUCGUUGUUGCCAUCUACGGCGCUUCGACUGUCCUCGUCUUUCUCGUUCUUGGUUGGUUUCUCGUUUGUUCUUCACUUCGCUCCAACGAGGCCCACUAUGUGCCGUUCUGUGUCGCACUCGCGGUCAGCAUUUCGUUCGCUGCGCUCACCGUUGGCGAACACCUUGUGACGCUGCCGUGGUUCUUCGCGCUGCGUGAUUGUCCCGAGGUCGGACGUGACUACGACGGGCGCUUGCGCUACGAAGCAACGCCAUUGCUGUCUCUCUCCGAGUGUCUCGAGGCGUAGCCAGUAGUGGUGUUUUGAUCGCGCUCGGUUUGAAAUACGUAUCCAAAACGAUGUGUGUUCAUUGUGUCACUUGAACGACGCGCGUUCAUUGGUCCGAUCUUGACAACCAUAA